AUGGUUACUCCUAGUGUGACAGGCGUCCAUUUCACCCUGUGUGUGCAAGGGGAAAGGCCCGGGUUGCCAUCCAGGGUGUGGGGAACUGAAAAAUACAAUGCAAUUUUACAAUCUCGUCUGGAAGAAGAAGGGCGCAAGAAUCUAGCACUGACGAGGCAGAUCCGAGAGAAGGAGAGCGAGCUCACACGAGCAGAGACAGAGCACAAUGAAAGAGUGAAAAGUCUCAAAAGAAGGGAAAAGAGGAAAGAGGAAGAGGCAGACGAAGAGAAGGGCGAGCUUGAGAGCGAGCUCAGGCGACGAGACAAGAGGAUCGAGGCCCUCAAGAAGCAGCUCAGAGAUCAAGAAGAGGAAAGAGAAAUGGACUCGCAACUCGAAGAGGAAGACAGCGUGUUAAAGCGAAUGAUUAGGCAGUUCAGAGAACAAGAACGAAAAAAGCAAAAACUUCAAUCCUCGGCCUCAGGCAGGAGGAGCAGGACCUGGGGAGCAGCUGACAGCGACGAGACUCCGCCAGCAGCUGCCACGGACGGGGCUAGGGGAGCGGCGGGCGGAAGAGACAAGCCUCAGCAAGCAGCUGGCAGCAGAGGCAAGGCUAGGAAAGCACCAGAAAACGACGAACCUGUGCAAGCCGCAGGCAAGAGGAAAGGGGCAGGGGAGAAGGCAGACAGGAGGGGAAAGUCUAAGGGGCUAGCCGACAGAGACGAGUCGUCACAAGAAGACGACAGGGCCGAGUCGUCACAAGAAGAGAGCGACGAAUCGUCACAAGAGGACGACAGCGACGAGUCAGAGUGAUUUCAUCCAACUUUGUAAAGAUCGU